AUGAGCAUUCCGACGAGAACUAAACAAUGGGUGCUUCAGGAAAAGCCCUACGGUGAUCCUGUUCUAGAUGGAGAAAAUACUACAUUCACUUUGGACACCGCCGAUAUCCCAACGCUGAAAGAUGGCCAAGUUCUAUUGAAGACAAUUUAUCUGAGCAAUGACCCCGCACAGCGAACAUGGAUCUCGCCACUUGCAGAUGCCGCGCGCGCAUACUUGCCCCCAGUACAGGUGGGCGAAGCUAUGCAUUCCAUGGGAAUUGCCCGUGUCGUGGAAUCCCAUAGCCCCGGCCUUGUAGCUGGAGAUCUAGUCUCAGGCUUCCCAGGGUGGACUGAGUACUCUGUCGACGAGGCCAAAAAUCUUUUUAAACUGAAGCCUCAGCCUGGUCUGCCAGAAACGCAUUUUCUGGGUGCACUUGGAUUACCAGGGUUCACUGCUUAUUAUGCUUUGACAGAAAUUGUCAAGGCAAAGAGUACAGAUGCCAUCGUUAUCAGUGGUGCGGCUGGUGCGGUGGGCAAUAUGGCGGUCCAGAUUGCGAAGAAGAUAAUCGGUUGUCGAAAGGUAAUUGGCAUCGCUGGAACAGAUGAAAAGUGCAAAUGGGUGGAGAAACUUGGUGCGGAUAUUUGCCUGAACUACAAGUCACCUUCUUUCAAGGAGAGUCUUACCCAAGAGACGGAGGGCUUUGUUGAGAUCUAUUUUGACAAUGUUGGUGGAGAAAUUCUCGACUUCAUGUUGACUAGAAUGGCUAUGUUUGGCCGCGUUGCUGCUUGCGGGGCAAUCGCGAACUACAAUCGAGAUUCAGACAUUACAGGCCUGAAGAACUUUUAUCAAGUCAUUUUAAUGCGCCUCCAAAUCCUUGGUUUCAUCAACCUCGACUGGAUCGAUCACCUCCCGGAAUUCCAGACACUUGCCAUUGACCAAUGGCAAAAAGGAAAUAUGAUCAUUGCGGAUGAGAAUGAAAUGGUUAUUGACACCAAUUUUGAGGAUAUUCCCCGAACCUGGAUGAUGCUUUAUUCAGGAGGUAACACAGGCAAGCUUGUCACAAAGCUCAAAGAUUAA